AAGAAGAACUACAGAGCAGUGCAGUCCUGUGAGGAGGGGACUGGGGGGGGAUAUCUUGAGCCACUAGUGGCUAUGGCUCAGAAUGGAGGCAACAUGCACAACGUACUGGGGCCUGCCUGCAUCUUUCUACGCAAGGGCUUCGCUGAGAGCCGGCAGGCUGAUAGAGAGCUGAGGCCGGAGGAGAUGGAUGAGUUGCGCGAGGCUUUUAAAGAGUUUGACAAAGACAAAGAUGGCUUCAUUGGCUGUAAAGACCUAGGCAACUGCAUGAGAACCAUGGGCUACAUGCCUACUGAGAUGGAGCUGAUAGAACUGAGCCAGCAGAUCAACAUGAACUUGGGAGGACAUGUGGACUUUGAGGACUUUGUGGAGUUGAUGGGGCCCAAACUUCUGGCUGAAACAGCAGAUAUGAUCGGGGUCAAGGAGCUAAGGGAUGCUUUCAAAGAGUUUGACACAAAUGGUGAUGGCCAGAUCAGCACAUCGGAACUCAGAGAAGCAAUGAAGAAACUUUUAGGUCAACAGGUUGGUCAUAGAGACCUAGAGGACAUCCUACGGGACAUUGACCUGAAUGGAGACGGCCAUGUAGACUUUGAAGAGUUUGUGCGCAUGAUGUCUCGCUGAGUGUAGGUCAUGAUACCGACUGGUUCCUUUCCUGGUAAGAGAGGAAGAGAAGAAGAAGUGAAGGAGAUGCAGAGACGCCAGAGCCCUUAAUGACAGACCUCUUACCUCAGACUUCUGAACUACAGAAGGAGAAAACGACAUAUCAACCCCGCUCUGCUACUGCCACAUUUGAAGACAUGCACAGAAGCUAAAGGAACAACAUCAGUGAUCAUGAUGAUGCUGUUACUGCUGUCUCUAACAGCAAAACAGAACAACAGCCAGCCUCCCACAGUUUUACAUUGUACAUUUCAGAUAUUAGAGAAAACAUAUCUAGGUGUUUACAGGGUCUAAAGAGCAAUGUGAUGUUUGAGCUACUUACACUCAUUGCCAUGGUUGGUUAAUGCUGUAGCAAAGUAAAGACACAUUUACAUUUUUAACACUUUCUUACUUAUGCUAACGUCUCCUAUAACUAGUCUAAAGCAGCAUAUUCCCCUCUGGGGCUUUGGACUCCUAAGAUACACUUUUUAAUGGCAAUAUUAUUACAUCAGUGUACCAACUCUCAAAAUAUGUAUUGUUUGUGUGUGCGUUCAUGUGUGUUUGUGCACCUCAAUUAUCCUUUACUGUAAGAUUCCAUAUGUCUUAAGCUACUGUACAGUUAGUGUCAAACCCAUGGCAUAUGCUGGCUCUAUCUUGAAUUACAUGCCAUGUAUUACCACGGAUGCACUUUUUUAGAUUUUAUCAUUAUCAACACAUAUCGAGUUACAUUAUACGAGUUUUGAACAUAGAUGGGUACCUGCUUUGAUAAAUGGAAGAUCUGUUUCUUGGGAACUGAAUACUCUGGGGAAUGCGGUAGCAAUCAUAAUUAAUUGGUUUUCUUCGGGCCAACCCAAUACACAGUUUUGCACAUUGUUUUGCAUGAAUACUAAGAAUGCAUGCUCCACUUAUGAUUUAACCAGACACACUGUCACUCCCCAUGCAAAUAAACAAUGUGCACCACAAACAUACACACAGUAUAUUAUUGUGGUGAUCAACAUAACACUGAAACCUGUGUGAGAAUAUGUGUGUGUGUGUGUGUGUGCGUGCGUGUGCGUGUGAGAGAUCAGUGUGUAUUUAUGUACUGAUGAGAGUGUUUAUGUAUGAGUGCUUGUGUUUUUUUGUGCGAGUCUCCCUUAGGCAGUCUUAUUUGUGACUUUG